AUGUUUGAUUUAGUAGAAGGAAGGAACUACCUGGCAAAUAAGGAGGUGGAAAAAAAAUUGAACAGCAAUAAUAUUUUAAUACAGCAACUUCAUGAAUUACUAAGCAUCAACCUUAAUGGGACGUCCAGCGAUUCUAGACACUCUUUGGUUACAACUCAUUCCGAAUCUACUGAAGUAGCAUCAACAACCAAUCGUGAUGACCCCACCGUUUCUGGCAGAUCUAUCUAUAAUUAG